AUGGGCGACGCAGCGAAUAACUUGGGAGUUAUGGCAGCGGCCUUGGUUAUCUGGCUCACGCAUUAUGAGGGUAGAUAUUAUGCGGAUCCGGGGACGAGUAUGGGAAUAGGGAUUAUGAUUAUCUUGACAUCGCUUCCUUUGAUGCGCCACUCCGGUCACAUUUUACUGGAGAGCCUCCCCAAUGGAGUCAGCGUGGACGAUGUGCGGCACGAUUUAGAAUUGAUCCCCGGCGUCCUAGCCAUCCACGAACUACACAUCUGGCGCCUUAACCAACAGAAAGUUUUAGCUUCCGUUCACGUCGUCGUCUCAGAGCGCACAAUUCCCGAAUUCCUGAAAAUAGCCAAAACCAUGAACGAAUGUUUCCACGAAUACGGGGUCCAUUCGGUGACACUGCAGCCCGAGAUUACGUCGCAUAUCCCUGUGAAGGAAGACCAGGAGUCUGAGGAGAUGCAGUAUUUGCGGAGGAAAUCGUUGGAGAAAUGUCAGGUUGUGUGUAGUCGGGUCUGUGAGGAUUUGACAUGUUGUGGAUAG